UUCCCGCCACUACAGCGAAGAGAGCUGCUUAAACAUGGCGGCGGCUGUGCAGCAGCCCGGCUGUGAGGAGCUGAUUAACAGAUGGAUCUUCGACUUUUACUCCUCCAGGGCCGUGGACGCGUUUCGGAGCGCAGAUUACGGCAGUUUCGCCCAGUUCCGGGAUCUUCUCGAGGCUUUGGUGGUCAGACCCAUCGAUGGACGCAGUGACAUGAAGAUCAAACUGCGUUUAAUGCAGUUUCUCUCACAGAUAAAUGAUGGGGACAAACCUGAUGUUAGAUUUCAGAACCACUUAACCCCGCUGGAGUCGGCCUUGAAGACGUUUGAAGAUAUCUGUACAGAAACAGAGGUUUUGCAAAAUGACUUGGAGCAUGUUCACACCUUGAUCAGGGAAAUGGUUGUUAUUGUUUGCAUCAAGAAUGAACAGUUUCAAAAAGCUGGAGACAUGCUGCAUAAAUACUUUCCGAAAGGAACAGAUUCCGCUGGCAAGAAAAAGCUGUUUGAGGAUCUCAUCAAAAGGAGAUACAGCAGACACACAGUGAUUAAGUCCACAUCAUACAGUGAAUUCAAACAGGACAUGCUAGACUUCAUUGAGAAACUCUACCCUCUUCCAGAACCAUUCUUACUCAAGAUAGUCAAGUCAGCGAAACAAGUGCAGAGGAUUGACGUUGAGGUUCCCAGAGCUAUUCAAGCAGCGCAUGAACAAUCAUCCACACAGGACAGAGCUACGCAGAACAAUCAGCUGCCCAAUGAGCAGACAGUUGCAGAAAAUCAUUGUCUGUUGAAGCCUGGACCAAACUCGCCAGCCAGAAAUGGCCACCGCAGUGCUCAGCCCACCUGUUCUUCAGAAACAACGCAACUAAGUCUGAACAGACUCAGGACUGUUUAUCUAGAACUUGCCAAGAUUUUUUCAGUUUCAGCUCCCUUCUCUCAGCUGGAGGAGGAGGUGCAGAAGGAGGCAGAGGAGGAGAGUGGAAUAGACCUUGAACUAAAUGAGCUUGAUCUCAGGCUUUCUGAGACUCAGGAUGAGGAGAAUGGGAGUGUAGCUGGAGAAAGAGCCUCUCAGGAACAGUCCAGUAGAGCUGAUCACGGCAUAGACCAGCCCGAGGGACAGGAGAAAGAAAGGCCAGGGGAUCAUACUGUAACAGGUAGCAUCAUGGAGACAUCAGGCAGUGGCUCCAUUUUAGCUCCGUACCAAGUCAGGGAGGUGAAUUCAGCUACUCCAGAAAGUACAAAUGUGCAUCCACUUGAAAACAGCAAGAGAAGAGAAGAUGCUGCUGUGUCUGCCAUCACAGUAGCACAGCUAGUGAUUGAGGAGGAUAGUCAGUCCAGUGAUAUGGAAGCCAAUGAUUCUCAGCAGACUCCCAGCCCCCUGAAAAUAGGAUCAAGUGAAGACAAUCCACUACAGUCAUUGCCUAUGAACUCCACACCAGUCAGGAAAAAACGCAGAACAGCUUCCAACAGGAGGAGCAGAAAUAAUGAAAGCUCUAUUGAAAAGGGCAUCGUGAUGGACUCUCCUGCCUCAGAUAGAAGCUCUAACCGAUCAACAUAUAGAAGGUUGAUGAACAUGCCAGGCCAGCGGGAACUAUGGAGUGAUGAAGAAUCACUGUUUGCCGCCUCCACCUCUGCAGCUGCCAAAGGACGAGGCUCAUCAAACAGUGACGGCCAUGGCAAAAAAAAGAUGUGGACCAAGGAAGAGUCAGACUGGGUGAGGCAAGGAGUGGCUCGUUAUGGAGAAGGCAGAUGGGAGAAAAUCAAGAACAUGUUCCCUUUUAAAGGCCGCACAGCAGUGAAUAUCAAAGAUCGUUGGCGCACAAUGAAAAAGCAGAAGUUCACUUAAGAGGGUGCUUCCUAAUCUUCGUCUGCCCUCUAUAUAUCGGUGUUCGCUCGAUCCAACUACUCAGGUAAUUAACAAGCCUAAAAUGUGCAGGGCAGGAUUUUUCCAGCACCUUUUUGUUUUUAUUUUGUUGUGACUUUUUUUUUUUUUUUUUUUUUUGGCAGUUUCCCUCGGUGGUAUUUCAGUUUAAUGAAAGUCAGUUCCCUGCUGUGACAUACACGGUCAUAAAAAAGUUUUCCCAUGUUCCAUCACACAAUUUGUUCCAUCACACUGUUGAAAUGGUGUCACAACACUUGGUGUAUAUUAAUUGUGUUAAAUAAAUUUUUUUCAUUUGCA